AUGAGUUUGUUUGUGGCUAGCCGGACUGCGUUCCGGGCUGCCGCGCCGUUGAAGCGGCAGUUCCCAGUCCGCCGUUAUGCGACCGAGCCCACCUCGGCCGACCCCAAGCCAGGCGCCCCCAGCGGUGGCAGCGGUGGUGGUAGCAACAACACGCUCGUCUACACCGCGAUUGCGGCCGUGUUCGCCGGCGCAGGCUACUACUUCCUCGGCGGCACCAACAUCGACAAGCCCGCGGCCGCCGCCAAGAAGGCCGAGGAGAAGGUCAAGGAAGCCACCAGCGCAGCAGCCGAGAAGGCUGCUGCCACCGUCGGCAGCACCUCUGCGGCCGUCAAGGCGGCGCUCACAGGCGGCGACCAGGGCUGGGUCAGCCUGAAGCUGGAAGAGUCCGAAAUCAUUAACCACAACUCCAAGCGGCUGCGCUUCAAACUCCCCGAGGACGACAUGGUAUCCGGCGUGCACAUCGCCAGCGCCAUCCUGACCAAAUUCAAGCCCGAGACCGAAGGCGCAAAGCCCGUGAUCCGCCCUUACACACCGAUCAACGACGAAGACGCCAAGGGCUACCUAGACCUGCUGAUCAAGAAGUACCCCGACGGACCGAUGAGCACGCAUCUGCACGAUCUCGUCCCCGGCCAGCGUCUCGACGUCAAGGGCCCGCUGCCCAAGUACCCGUGGACGGCCAACAAGCACGAACACAUCGCGCUGGUGGCCGGCGGCACGGGCAUCACGCCCAUGUUCCAGCUGCUGCGCGCCAUCUUCAACAACCCGGCCGACAAGACCAAGGUGACCCUCGUGUUCGGCAACGUCACCGAGGAGGAUAUCCUGCUGAAGAAGGAGUUGUCCAAGCUGGAGAACGAGAACCCGCGCCGCUUCCGCGCGUUUUAUGUGCUGGACAACCCACCCAAGCAGUGGACUGGUGGCCAGGGGUUUAUUACCAAGGACCUGCUCAAGACGGUGCUGCCGGAGCCGAAGGAGGAGAAUAUCAAGGUGUUUGUGUGUGGGCCGCCGGGGCUGAUGGAUGCUAUUUCCGGUAACAAGAAGAGCCCUAAGGACCAGGGCGAGUUGAAGGGGGUGUUGAAGGAGUUGGGGUAUACGCCCGAGCAGGUGUAUAAGUUUUAG